CAGAGCAAUGUGUGAAACAGAAAAGCUCCAGAUAGUUUUUUCCCAAAAGGUAACCACGGAGGAGGGAAUUUAUUUUGAAGAGCUCAUGUAAAACUGUGGGAUGGCGGCAGUGCUGGAACCGUGACAUCAUCCUUCAUAUUGGGGCCAGAAGAAACAAUCAUUUGCAGUUUGAGAAAGUCUGCUUUUCAUUUACAGUCAGCGAGGCGGCCUUGAUUGUAACGGGGGAGACAAUCCAGUUUUCAGCUUUAUCUUCCACCACAAGGCAGCUUAGCUGUCCCUUACUAGACACUCUGAAACUGGAUUUUUUAAAAAAGUUAGCAUUCCCAUUUCCAGCUUCCUCUAGUUUGCUGUGAAGAAAAGCAUCAAGGGAAGAACAGAGAAGUUGAAUAAAAUGAAGAUAUGAAUUCAGAAUGCAAAUAAUAACAGACAUAAGAUCCUGGAAUUCCUAACUUAAGAUUUACUCAGGGAUAAAAACAAAAACAAAAAAACCUGGUGCUUUGAGAAAGGAACCAGCCCACCAACCAAAGAAAAUGAGGAAACACCGGCAUUUGCCCUUUGUAGCAAUCAUUUGUCUUAUACUCUCAGGCUAUCACGUGACUCAGGCCCAGCAGCAAGAAAAUGUCAAAGUCGGUCCUGCUGCUGAUAUAAUAUUUCUAGUGGAUUCCUCUUGGAGCAUUGGAAAGGAACAUUUCCAACUUGUUCGGGAGUUUCUGUAUGAUGUUGUAAAACAAUUAGAUGUGGGUGGAAAUGAUUUACGGUUUGGUCUGGUCCAGUUCAGCGGAAACCCACAUACAGAGUUCCAGUUAAACACAUACCAUGCCAUGCAAGAUGUCCUCUCCCAUAUUGCACACAUGCCCUAUAUGGGGGGAGGAACCAAGACUGGACAAGGAUUAGAGUUCCUCAUUCGGAACCACCUAACUCAAGCUGCUGGAAGCAGAGUGAGUGACGGCACUCCACAGGUUAUCAUAGUGUUAACGGAUGGACGCUCCCAAGAUGAUGUGGCUCUGCCAUCAUCUGUUCUUAAAUCUGCUGAUGUAAACAUGUUUGCCAUUGGAGUGCAGGAUGCAGUGGAAGGGGAAUUAAAGGAAAUAGCAAGUGAACCCCUUGAUAUGCACCUAUUCCGCCUAGAGAACUUUACUGCUCUCCACGGCAUUGUAGGAGAUUUAGUUGCGAGUAUUCGCUCAUCCAUGACUCCAGACAUGGCUGGAGCCAAAGGAGUCAUUAAAGACAUCACAGCGCAAGAAUCUGCUGACAUUGUUUUCCUUAUUGAUGGAUCAAACAACAUCGGCGCUGUCACUUUCUCAGCCGUUCGUGAUUUCGUUGCAAAUUUAAUUGAAAGACUCUCAGUUGGAGCUGAGCUCGUACGCAUUGGGGUGGUAACAUAUAGUGAUCAACCCAGAACUGCAUUCUUCUUGAACAGCUACUCCCAAAAAGCCGAUGUUCUAGAUGCAGUGAAAUCCCUUAGCAUUCUUGGUGGUGAGGCAGCUAAUAUUGGGGAAGCUCUUGAGUUUGUGGUGCAAAACCACUUUACCCGCUCAGGAGGCAGCAGGAUAGAAGAACGUGUCCCACAGAUUUUAGUACUAAUAAGUGGCAGUGAAUCUAGUGAUGAUAUUAGGGAAGGGGUUUUAGCCAUGAAGCAAGCUAGCAUAUUCUCCUUUAGCAUUGGGUUCCAAAAUGCAGACAAUGUUGAGCUUCAGCAAAUUGCUACUGAUGGAAGCUUCGCAUUUACUGUCCUGGAUACACGUAACCUUGGCGAACUUCAAGAACUCUUACUACCAAACAUUGUUGGAGUGGCCCAAAGACUCAUUUUGUUAGAUGCUCCAACCAUUCUUACAGAAGUUGUUGAAGUCAAUAGGAAGGACAUAGUCUUCCUGGUAGAUGGAACAACAGCCUUGGGAAAUGCCCCCUUUAAUGCUAUUCGUGAUUUCAUUGCCAAAAUCAUCAACAGACUGGAAAUUGGACCAGACCUCAUCCAAGUUGCGGUGGCACAAUAUGCAGAUACUGUAAGACCGGAAUUCUAUUUCAAUACCUUCCAGACAAAAAAAGAUGUCCUUAGCAGUGUUAGGAAAAUAAAGCCAGUUGGCGGUCCAACACUUGAUACAGGUUCCGCACUGAGGUAUGUGAAAAAUAAUUUGUUCACCAGUGCUGUUGGAAGCAGGAUCAGUGAAGGUGUGCUGCCCAUGUUGGUCCUUAUUACUGGUGGUAAGUCCAGAGAUGAUGUUCUCCAACCAGCAUUAGAAGUGAAAAGCAGCGGCAUCGUAGUCCUUGCUGUGGGAGCCCGAAAUGCUGAUCGUGCUGAACUAGAACAGAUUGCUUAUGAACCGAGCCUGGUCUUCAGUCCCACUGAGUUCCGCACAGUUGCACUAACAGCUAUUCUUCCUGACGUUAUAACACCCAUAAGGACACUUUCUGGAACUGUUGUGGAAACGACACCAAUAGAAGUUCUGGUAAACAAAAGAGAUAUCAUCUUUCUUUUGGAUGGAUCAGCCAACGUUGGAAAUGCCAACUUCCCAUAUGUCCGUGACUUUGUUGUGAACCUAGUAAACUCUCUUGAUGUGGGAAUUGAUGAUAUACGAAUUGGCCUAGUGCAAUUUAGUGAAAACCCAAAAACUGAAUUCUUUUUAAACAGUUUCCUAACCAAGGCAGAUGUACUUGCUCAUCUGAGGCAGUUGAGACUCCAAGGGGGGUCAGUUCUGAAUACUGGCUCUGCACUCGACUUUGUUCUUUCAAAUCACUUCACUGAAACCGGUGGGAGCAGAAUAGCUGAAAAUGUUCCUCAGGUGCUAGUCCUCCUUGCAGCAGGGCCAUCUGUCGAUUCAUUCCAACAGGCAGCCAAUGCUUUAGCUCGUGCAGGCAUCCUGACCUUUUGCAUUGGUGUUAGAAAUGCAGAUCUGACAGAACUUCAGCAGAUUGCAUUUAAUCCGCAAAUAGUAUAUUUUAAGGAUGAAUUCAGUGCUCUGGCAGAUUUACCACAAGGACUGAUUACACCACUGACAACGUAUGUUAGUGGUGAGGUGGAAGAAGUUAUAAUCACGUCAGCAGAAAACAAGAUUGAUAUCUUAUUCUUAUUUGAUGGCUCAUCAAACCUUGUGGGUCAGUUUCCUACUGUUCGAGACUUUUUGCACCGAAUUAUUUCUGACCUAAACGUGGGGCCUGAUGCCAUACGUGUUGCUGUGGCACAGUUUAGUGACAAUGUGCAAGUUGAGUUCAACUUUCAAGACAUUCCAUCCAAGCAAGAAAUCCUUCAGAAAGUGAAACGGAUGAAGAUAAAAGGAGGAAGGAUACUCAACAUUGGUGCUGCACUAGAUUAUGCCAUGAAGGACCUCUUUGUGAGGCAUGCUGGGAGCAGGAUUGAAGAAGGAGUGCCCCAGUUCCUUGUCCUCCUUGCCGCUGGAAGAUCAAGUGACAGUGUGGCUGAGUCUGCUGAUGCUCUGAAACGAGCGGGUGUUGUUACUUUUGUUAUCAAAUCCAGGAUCGCAGAUCCCGUAGAAUUAGAAAGGAUUGUAUAUGCCCCUCAGUUCAUUUUAAGUGCUGACUCCCUUUCUAGAAUUGGAGACAUUCAACCUGAGAUAGUCAACCUUCUGAAAACCAUUCAGCUCAGACAACCAGUUGAUGACGCUCAGAAGAAGGAUGUGGUGUUUCUAGUAGAUGGUUCGGAUGGCACCAGACGUAGUUUCCCAGAGCUGAAGUCCUUUCUACAAAGAAUGAUUGAGAAUCUGGAUGUUGGCCCUGAUAAGGUUCGGGUUGCAUUGGCCCAGUACAGUAACACUGUCAACCUGGAGUUCCCUCUGAAUGAGUAUUCAGACAAGACUGAUGUGAUCAGGGCCAUCCAGAAAGUGUCUGCCAUGGGAGGCUUGCCAGUUAACACAGGAGCUGCCCUGAACUAUCUUCUUAGAAAUGUACUCACAAGCCAGGCUGGGAGCAGGAUGGAAUACGGUGUCCCACAGUUCAUUAUCCUGCUGACGGCUGAAAAGUCAAGAGAUGACGUCAGGAGGCCUGCCAUAGAUCUGAAGACCAGGGGCGCUGUGCCUUUUGGCAUUGGAUUUGGAAAUGCAGAUAUUACUGAGCUGAGGACAAUUUCCUUUGUUCCUGAUUUUGCGGUCCUUGUUUCUGGUGUCAGUGAACUGAGCACUGUACAGCAGCUCAUUUCAGAAAGGGUCACACGACUAAGCAAAGCAGAACUAGAAGCUUUGGCUCCAGGAUUACCUGAUCCACUCCCCAGCCCAGGAGAUGGAAAAAAAGAUGUGGUAUUCCUUAUUGAUGGCUCCCAAUUUGCAGCUCCUGAAUUCCCUUCUGUUCGUGAGUUUAUUGAAAGGCUUGUAAACAGUUUGAAUGUAGGUUCUGAUAACACUCGGAUAGCUGUAAUUCAGUUCAGUGAAGAUCCCAGGGUUGAAUUUCUGCUGAAUGCACACUCCACCAAGGAUGAGGUGCAAGCUGCAGUGAGAAGGCUAAGACCCAAAGGAGGAAGACAAGUGAACCUUGGUUCUGCCCUUGAGUAUGUAUCGAAGAAUAUCUUCACAAGGCCUUCAGGAAGUCGUAUAGAAGAGGGUGCACCACAGUUUUUGAUCCUUCUGUUUUCUCGCCAAUCUGAUGAUGAUGUAGAGGACCCAGUACUCCAAGUCAAACAAGUUGGUGUGGCUCCCCUUACUAUUGGAAAGAAUGUGGAUCCUGAGGAAAUGGUCAAAAUAGCUCUUAGUCCUGAGUAUGUAUUCCAGGUGUCAACCUAUCAGGAUCUUCCUAGCCUUGAACAGAAAUUAAUAGCCCCUAUUACAACUCUGACUACACAGCAGAUACAGAGGCUCAUUGGUGAUACAAGUCUCUCUCCAGAUAUUGAUAGUGAAGCAAAGGACAUUGUCUUCCUUAUCGACAGUUCUAACAAUGUCAGAGAGAAUGGCCUUGCUCACAUUCGAGACUUCAUUAUUCGGAUUGUCCAGCAGUUAGAUGUUAGACCAAGCAAAGUGAGAAUUGGUGUGGUCCAGUUCAGCAACGAUGUAUUCUCAGAGUUCUUCUUAAAAACCUACCCGACCAAGGAUGCUGUGUUGCAAGCCAUACGCCGCUUGCGGUACAGAGGUGGUGCUCCCUUGAAUGUUGGGAAAGCUCUGGAUUUUGUCAUGAAGAACCACUUUGUUAAAUCUGCAGGGAGCAGGCGAGAAGAUCAAGUUCCGCAGCAUUUAGUUCUCUUGCUUGGAGGGAGCUCCCAGGAUGACAUCGGAAGACCUGCCACUGUGCUGCAGACAUCUGGGAUUAAAAGCUUGGGCGUAGGGGCAAGAAAUGUAGACAGUGCGGAACUGCAAAGGAUAACCAACGAUCCCAGGACAGCAUUUAUUGUGAAAGAGUUUAACGAGCUUCCAGCCAUAGAGAGAAGGUUCUUUGCAUCAUUUGGAGAACCUCAAGAAUUACCAAUAGAACCAACUGAAACUCCUAUUGAUGGUAAGAAACAAGGAGAUGUUGUUUUUCUUUUGGAUGGCUCCAUCAACUUUGGAAAAGAUAAUUUUCAAGAAGUUGUUGAUUUUGUAUAUGGCAUAAUUGAUGCCAUUUAUGAAGAAGGCGACUCCAUUAAAGUUGGCAUAGCACAGUACAACUCAGAUGUGAAUGAUGAAUUCUUCCUGAAAGAUUUCACUGACAAAGAACAGAUCUUAGAUGCAGUGAAGAGAAUUGUAUACAAAGGAGGAAGAAUUGCAAAUACUGGAUCAGCCAUCAAGCACAUCCAAGCAAAGCACUUUGUAAAGGAAGCUGGGAGCAGGGUGGAUCAGAAGGUCCCUCAGAUUGCUUUUAUCAUAACAGGAGGCAAGCCAGAAGAUGAUGGGCAGGCAGCUGCUUUAGCAUUGGCACGGUCAGGUGUCAAAGUGUUUGCAGUUGGUGUGAAAAACAUUGACCUGAGUGAAGUUUCGAAACUCUCCAGUGACAGCACCACAGCUUUUAGGGCUGCAACUGCGCAGGAACUUUCAGAAUUGAACGAGGCGGUGUUGGUUACAUUGAACGAUGUAAUGAAGGAACAGUUGUGCCGAGGUGUGGGAGAAGUCUCAAGAGAUUGCAGUCUGGAUGUUAUACUUGGAUUCGAUGUCUCAGAUGUUGGACCUGGGCAAAAUAUAUUCACUGUACAGAGAGUGCUGGAGUCAAAGGUUGAAGACAUACUGAACAGGAUUACUCAAAUGCAGAAAAUUAGCUGUACACGCAACCAGGCACCUACUGUGCGUGUGGCCCUUCUGGCACAAACACCUUCUGGAGUUGUAGAAGCAUUUGACUUCUCUGAGUACCAACCAGAGUUGUUUGAAAAGUUCCAAGACUUGCGAAAUCGUGGCCCAUAUGUCCUAACUGCAGAGACUCUCAAAUCUUAUCAGAAUAAAUUCAGGACGUCUCCUGCUGGAAGUGUAAAGGUGGUGAUUCACUUAACUGAUGGCAUUGAUGGUGCCAGGGGGCAGCUAGCAGCGGCAUCUGCUGAUCUCAAGAGAGAAGGUGUCAAAGCUCUAAUUCUUGUUGGCUUAGAGCGAGUAGCAAACAUGGAGGAAGUGAUGCAACUGGAAUUUGGGCGUGGCUUCACUUAUAAUCGGCCUCUGCGAGUGAACCUGCUGGACUUAGAUUUUGAGCUGGCAGAGCAACUGGACAACAUUGCAGAGAAGGCGUGCUGUGGAGUCCCAUGCAAAUGUUCAGGGCAGCAGGGAGACAGAGGGUUGCCCGGCUCCUUUGGGCCAAAGGGAGUUCCAGGAGAAAAUGGCUACAGAGGUUAUCCAGGAGAUGAAGGUGGACCGGGUGAUCGUGGACCACCAGGGAUAAAUGGAACUCAAGGAUUCCAGGGUUGUCCUGGUGAAAGAGGAACUAAGGGAAGCCGUGGAUUUCCAGGGGAAAAGGGUGAAUUGGGGGAGAUUGGCCUCGAUGGAAUAGAUGGCGAAGAGGGAAACAGAGGCCUCCCAGGUUCUCCUGGUGAGAGAGGAAGCCAUGGCAGACGGGGAAGCAGAGGAAACAAAGGAGAAAGAGGAGAACGUGGGGACCAUGGACUACGAGGAGAUCCGGGUACCCCAGGAACUGAUAUGACCCAAAGAGGACCCAAAGGCCAAAAGGGUGAACUUGGACCAGUGGGAGAACCUGGAAGAGACGGACCAGCAGGUGCCCCAGGAGGGCCCGGAAGGAGUGGAGGACCUGGCAGGAGAGGACCUCUAGGAGUCAAAGGAAACAGAGGCACACCAGGUUUACCAGGAUCUGUGGGAGAACAGGGUGCAAGAGGACCACAGGGACCACCUGGCCCAGCUGGAGCUCCAGGUCUGCGAGGAGAGCAAGGCGUCCCUGGUCCAAGGGGUGGUGGAGGUCCACCUGGAUCCGCUGGGGAACGUGGCAGGGUUGGUCCCCUUGGUAAAAAGGGAGAACCUGGUGAUUCCGGUCCAAAGGGGCCUGAUGGGCCUCCUGGGCCCCGAGGAGAGACGGGAGAUGAUGGUCGAGAUGGUGUUGGAAGAGCAGGAAUUAAAGGCAGAAGGGGAGAACCCGGCUUCCCAGGAUAUCCAGGACCUAGGGGGGCACCUGGAGAUCGUGGUGGCAGUGGUGAGCCAGGUCCAAAAGGAAGCAGAGGUCACAGGGGGAGGGCAGGAGAUCCUGGUUCAGCAGGUCAAAAAGGAGAAAGAGGUUUUCCAGGAUCAGCUGGAUUGAAGGGUAACAAAGGAGAAUCCAGAGAUCAAUGUGCACUUGUGCGCAACAUCAAAGAUAAAUGCCCUUGCUGUUAUGGUCCAAGAGAAUGCCCAGUUUACCCGACAGAACUGGCCUUCGCUCUAGAUACUGCUGCUGGUGGAAGUUCGGAGGCUUUCAACAGAAUGAAACAAGCAGUUCUGAACAUUGUUAAUAAUCUCACAAUUGCUGAGAGCAACUGCCCAAGGGGUGCCCGAGUUGCUCUAGUUACAUAUAACAGUGAAGUCACAACUGAGAUCCGUUUUGCUGAUUCCCGAAGAAAGAAACAUCUUGUGAAACAGAUUCAGGACCUCCAAAUUGCACAGACAUCAAAACAGAGGAGCUUAGAUACAGCCAUGUCCUUUGUGGCCAGGAAUACCUUCAAACGUGCACGCAGUGGGUUCCUCAUGAGGAAGGUGGCUGUUUUCUUCAGUAAUGGACCAACAAGAGCAUCUCCACAACUAAACGAGGCUGUACUAAAACUUUACGAUGCAGGGGUUGUGCCUGUGUUCCUUACAAGCAGAGAGGACAGGGCUCUCAUAAAUGCACUGCAGAUCAACAACACUGUAGGUGGCCAGGCUGUCACAUUUGCUGGUGGUGCACAACAACAGGCUGAAACUAUUAGAAGAGUACUGAUGUGCCAUAUUUGUUUAGAUGUGUGUGACCCUGACCCUAUCUGUGGUGCUCCAAGGACCAAACGGGCAGCCAUUACGGAUGUUGACAUUGAUAUAGCUUUCAUUUUGGAUAGCUCUGAGACCACUGAUCACCUGCAAUUCAGAGACAUGAAGAACUACAUUUCUUAUAUUGUAAACCAGCUGGAAAUUAGCUCUAACCCCAAGGUAUCUCAGCACCAUGCCCGGGUAGCCAUAGUUCAGCAUGCUCCCUAUGACUUUGAGUCAAAUUCAAGUACCUCUCCUGUUAGACUCGAGUUGUCACUGACAGAUUACAGCUCCAAAGACAAGCUGAUGGAUUUCAUUAAGGAUGGGAUGACACAGCUUCAUGGUACACGGGCUAUGGCAAGCGCAAUAGAGUAUACAGUAAGAGACAUUUUUGAGAGUUCACCAAAUGCCAGAGAUCUCAAAGUCAUUGUCUUGAUGAUGACAGGAGAAGUUAAGAAUAGAGAACUUGAACACCUUCAGAAAGUUAUUACAGAAGCUAAAUGUAAAGGAUACUUUUUUGUCAUAUUGGCCAUUGGCAGAAAAGUGAAUAUCAAGAAUAUCUACAGUUUGGCAAGUGAGCCUAAUGAUGUCUUCUUCAAAUAUGUUGAUAAGCCAUCUGAGCUCCACGAAGAGCCUUUGCUACGCUUUGGAAACCUCUUGCCAUCAUUUAUCAGCAGUGAAAAUGCCUUUUACCUGUCUCCAGACAUGCGAAAACAAUGUGAUUCAUUCCAGCAUGAUCAGCCAGUAACAAAGUUUGGCCAAAAACAAGUAAACAUACCAAAUAACGUUACCACCACGCCUAUAUUACCACCACAUGCAACAGAAAAACUGGAAGAAGUUAAGCAGAUUGGAGAAAUCCAAAUAACUAAUAUCACAGAAAACAGUGUGAAACUACACUGGGUGAAUCCUGAGCCUCAACAUGCCUACGUCUACGACAUCACAAUCACAUCAGCACACGACCACUCUUUAAUUCUGAGACUUAAUGUAACUGGUACUGAACGGGUCAUUGGAGGUCUUGGGAGUGGGCAGAAGUAUCAUGUUGUUGUCACAGGCUACCAUGAUGCACAGGCCAAAGCAAGCUACAAAGGAACAUUUAGCACAAAGAGCAUGCCUGUCCCCAAGCCGCCUUCAGCAGUAGCCAAUUUGAUGAUGAACACUGAGCCAUUGGAAAAACCUGAAAUAGAUCCUUGCUUGCUGGACCUUGACAUGGGCACACAGUGCAAGGAAUAUCAGGUUAAGUGGUUCUUUGACUACAAAAACAAGAUCUGCACCCAGGUUUGGUAUGGUGGGUGUGGUGGUAACGCCAAUAGAUUUGAGACAGAAGCUGACUGCAUUAGCAGAUGCUUGAAGCCAUCAGACGAGAGAGUCAUGCAGCUGCCUGUCCCUGAGACAAGUCACUUGUCAGGACAAGAAGGGCCCAAGAAGAAGCUACCCAGAAGGAAAUUGAAAAGGAGAGCAAAAAAGGUAGUGAGAGCAGAGAAAGCACUAUUUGGCCAAGAGCUUUGGAAAAAGAGCUGUGGGGGGAACCACAACUUCCAAAAUCCUGCUUCGAGCUCCUGCCACCAUAAAAGAAAAAAACCAGGAACAGAAUAUGAUGUCCCUCUCAAAAAGGGAGAGAGAGAGAGAGAGAGCUCAUACAGUACAUUGAAAAAGGAAGGUGAUUAUUCCUCAGAAGUGGUGAUGUUUGUUUUCCUAACACUCGACAGUACAGUAGGUUCCACUCUAGGUUUCAGCAUCCUCUUUAGACUCUGGUGGCCUGGUACAAAGCUGCUGUUGCCCUGUCUUACUUACAAAUGUCCAGUGUAGUUAAAAGUAGAGUACCCUUUGCAGAGAUUCCACGGCUCUCCAAAACUGGGGAAGGAAAAACAAAGUCCAUGGAAAUUAAGGGAUGUAUUUCAUGAUGAAGACCAUCUCAAUUAUAAUCAUUCAGUAGUUUUGGAGGCAAGCCUUCACAGCUAGGGAUGGGAGCAGGGGCUGAUGCUGGUGACAGAUAUGUAUUCUGUGGUCCCCGCAGUGCUGUGGUGAAAUGAGCCAUCCAUAAGCAUACAGUAUUGCCUUAUGAAAAUUAAAUCAAAGGUCAAAACAAAGUGUUAAAGGGCUGCCAGCUGAUAAGCAUCAAUGAGAAUGUCAGCCUUAUGCACUAGGAAAUCUGCUAGGAGCUUCUUAGGGGCUGACUGUAACCGAUUUCCCCUCCAAAGAAGGAGAAAAUGUGCUGAAAUAAAUAAAAAAAACACCUAUCUGCUGGAUAAUCAAGUUCCUUAAGAAGAGCAGACAUUGUACAGUAGUCUAACAUUUAUCUUUGCAUGACUGAACUCUCAGAAAUAAAAUUUCAUUUUUCAGUGUCAGUAGAUCAGUUACUUUUUAAAAGUAAAUAUUGUAAAAAUCUUCAUUUUAGAGGCCAGUUCUCAGUAUCCUUUCUAAUAUGGUUACAAAUACUAAAGUUGAACGUAAGGACAUGUUCUGUCAAAGGCAAACUCUUCUUCCAGCAGCAGCUUUCUAGAUUUUUAACAUGACAGCAUUCUUAAAUGUCCUACUCUUCACAUUCACCUUAAGUGAGAAUCAGUCCUCAGAUUACAUGUGCUGACACUAGCGGACUUCAGAUCCUCCCUAGUCCAUAUUUAUUUGCAUAACUUUGUGUACAUUAAAUGAAUAACAAGUCACAAGGCUGUUAGCAUUCUUUUAAAAGAAUAAUGAAUUCAAAGUACAUUUCCCUGGUUUCUUAUCAAUAACAUAUUUUCUGCAAUUCUACCAAAACUUAAUAUAUUGUACAUAAUAUUAUCUAUAUUAAUGCCAAGUACUUAUUGACUCCCCCCCACCGGAGGGGCUUUUCUUGUGCAUAUUAGCACAUCAAGCAUCUGUCUUCUAAAGGUGUAUUUCACAUUAACAGAAAAGCACUGCUUUAGAUAGAAUAUCUGACUUCACCGUAUCCUAGACCUUGCUGGUUUAUGUUGUGUGCUUUUUUGGUUUGGUUUGGUUUUUGUUUGAUAUGGGUAUGAGAAAAGAUGUAUAAUUCCUGGCUUCCAGACUGUUCUACUAAUCAAAAUAGAAAAUAGAAAACAUAUACAGUGGUGCCUUGCAAGAUGAAUGCC